AUGGCGCACUUCACCGUGGAGCAGAUCUACGCCACCUUGAACAACAAACGGCACAACAUCCGGCACGUGUCGGUGAUAGCCCACGUCGACCACGGCAAGGCCACGCUCACCAACGCGCUGGCCACCGCGGCUGGCGUCACCGCCCGGCGAACGUCGGCAUCAGCUGCGCCCGAUGAGCCGCAUGGGGCGCGGCCAUCCCCGGCCAGAGGCGGGGCAAUGCUCCACCACGCACUCCGCGAUGACGUUGAGAUCGCGUCCGGAGUUGAAUCGCGAGAUUUUUUGAUCAAUUUGAUCGAUUCGCCGGGCGAGUACGUCGUGGAUUCCCUGUCGGCUUCGAUCUCGUCCGCGCUGCGCGUGAGCGAUGGCGCCCUCUAUGUGGUCGAUUGCGUCGAGGGCUUGUGCGUGAGCAGCUCCUCCACGACGCUCGGCCGGGCGCUCAACGAGCUCGUCCGGCCCGUGCUCGUGAUCAACAAGAUGGACCGCGCGCUGCUCGAGCUCCAGCUCGACCCCGAGGAGCUCUACCGCACGUUCGUCAGGGCGAUCGACUCGUUCAACGCCAUCGCCUCGUCGUGCGUCUACCACGACACGGCCCUCGGCGACGUGCAGGCCCAGCCCGAGCGAGGCGGCGUCGCCUUCGCGUCGGGCCUCCACGGCUGGGGCUUCACGCUGCGCACGUUCGCCCGAAUGUACGCCAUCAAAUUUGGCGUACCGCAGGAGAAGCUGAUGGCACGGCUCUGGGGCGAGAGCUACUGGGACCCCACGGCCAGGCGGUGGAACAGAUCGGGCUUCACGGAGGAGGGCAAGCCGCUCCCGCGCGCCUUCUGCCAGUUCGUGCUCAGGCCCAUCUACGCGCUGUUCGACCACGUCAUGACCGGCGAGCUGGACAAGGUGGACAAGAUGCUGGGAUCGCUCGGCCUCUCGAUCCUCGAGAACAACCAGCGUCGGCCUGGCCUCGUCGGCAAGCCGCUGCUCGUCCGCGUCAUGCAGAAGUUCCUCCCCAUCGCCGACGCGCUCCUCGAGAUGGUCGUCCUCCACCUGCCUUCGCCCGUCGCGGCCCAGCGAUACCGCGUUGACGUGCUCUACGAGGGCCCGCUCGACGAUGAGGCCGCCACCGCCAUCCGCAACUGCGACCCCGAUGGCCCGCUCAUGAUCUACGUCUCCAGGAUGAUCCCCGCCGCCUCUGAUGGCGCUGACGACGCGCAACGGGGUCGCCUCUACGCCCUUGGCCGCGUGUUCUCUGGUCGGGUCGCGACUGGGCAAAGGGUCAGGAUCAUGAGCCCCAAACACCAGCUUGGCAGGCCGGACCUCUUCGUGGACAAGCUCAUCCAGCGCAUGCAGAUGGUGAUGGUGGCUACGGCGGAGGGGCCUCCGCCUGCCAUCGACGACUGCCCGUGCGGGAACCUGAUCGGCUUGAUCGGCAUCGAUCCGUACCUGUUCAGGUCGGGCACCAUCACCACCGCGGAGACGGCGCACAGCCUGCGGGACAUCAAGUUCUCCGUAUCGCCGGUCGUGCGCGUGACGGUCGAGCCCACGAACCCGGCAGACCUGCCCCACCUGGUGAGAGCUCUCAAGCGCCUUGCCCGAUCCGACCCGUGCGUGCGGUGCGACUUUGAGGAGUCGGGUCAGCACGUCGUCGCUGGGUCUAGCGAGCUGCACCUGGAGAUCUGCCUCAUCGACCUGCGAGACUACUUUGCAGACUCCGACAUCAAGCUCAGGACGGGCGAGCCGGUCGUGUCGCUCCGCGAGACGGUGACGGCCAGGUCCGAUCGAACGUGCAUGGCCAAGUCGCCCAACGGGCACAAUCGGCUCUACCUCGCCGCGAAGCCACUGGCCGAUGGCCUGUCCGAGGCGAUCGAGUAUGGCGAGAUCACUCUGGAUCUCAACUCGGCCAAGACCCGCCUCCGCGAGCUGACCGAAACGUACGACUGGGACGUCUCCGAGGCACGCAAGAUCUGGUGCUUUGGCCCCGAGACUGCCGGCCCCAACGCUCUGGUCAACGCCACCGACUACGGGCAGCAGCAGCUGAACGAGAUCAAGGACUCGUUCACCGCCGCCUUCCAGUGGGCCACCAAGGAGGGCGUCCUCUGUGGGGAGAGCAUGCGGGGCAUACAGUUCAACAUCCACGACGCCGUCCUCCACGCCGACGCCAUCCACCGUGGCGGCGGCCAGAUCAUCCCCACCGCCCGUCGUGUCAUCUACGCGUGCGAGCUUACCUCCGAGCCCCGCAUCAUGGAGCCCGUCUACCUGGUCGAGCUACGCCAGUGCACAGACGCCCUCACGAGCGCCAUCUUCGCCGUCCUCUUCAAGCGCCGAGGCCACGUCAUCGCACAUGACGCGCGAGAGCAAGUCGUGAAGGCCUACCUGCCCGUCGCAGAGUCCUUUGGCUUCACCACCGAGAUCCGCUAUGUCACUCGCUGCCAGGUCACGCCAGAGUGCGUCUUUGAUCACUGGCAGGUCGUACCGGGCGACCCCACUGUCCCCGGCCUGGCGCAGGACAUGGUCCUCACGGCACGCGCAAUGAAGGGUCUCGCGCCCGCCAUUCCAUCCCUCGACCGCUUCCUUGAUGUCCUCUAG